AUGCUCACUAUCCAGACCAAAAUACAUUGGAGGAGAAAUGAUCCUGACCCUCAGAUCCGAGAUCCAAAUGAAUUGCAAAUGGAACCACAUCUCCAAGGAGAUGUUCCACAAGCAAUAGAACCAUAUCAGCAUGAAGAUGUUCCGAGAGCAGUGGGGCAAUACCUCCGUGGAGACAUUCCGAGAGUAGUGGGAGCACCUGAUCAGCUAAGACACCCUCCACAACAGUCUCUACAACCAAGACCUGAACACUGGCCAUCUUCAGAACGAAAAGCCAAAGUAGAGUUACAGUCAGUGGGAGGACAGCCCCUCAACAUACAGCCAGCUGAUGUGGAAAAAGUCCGAAUACAGCUAGACAGCCUGUCCAUUGGAUCAGCUUCUGGAAGGCAUCCAACACCUCCAAGGAGUCAUCCAACGCCUCCAAGGAGUGAUUCAACACCUUCAGGAGUGAGUGGGGCAACAACUAAACAAAUGUGUCUACUCCCUGGAGUACCUGCACAAGUUCCUAAAAGAGCAGUCAUGCCUGCUGAAGUCCUAGGAGUACGCAGAAGCAGUCGCCAGACCCGUCCUGCAGACAAAAACCGAGAUUAUCAAAGGACUCUAGAUGAGGAACAGUCUUGA